UAACUAUUUAAGGAUUUCAUUGACUGUUCAGUUCGAGCUUAAUUGUAACCAUUGGUUGUAUCCAUCUUAUGCGCAGUGCAAGUCAUACCAAUUCGAGAACCUCGUUCAUAGUUUCCCCUUUAAUCUUCCGCUGUUCGACACUACUCCAGGAAGUGGGUGGUGCUCGGGUAUUUCUCCCUGCACGGCUGCAACACGUCCAUGGCUAGCACCACUUGUUAUAGAUCGGUUGAUAGAUGUUUCUAGCUCCAUGUAGAAUAUAAACGUGAAAGCUCAUAGAUGAGCAUAGUGUCCCGGAGAAAUGAUAUUUAUAGAUUUUAGACCAAAUAUAAAGAUUCCAAAUUUAUAAAAAUCGGAACCAAUCUUCUGCAUUAGAAUAGAAACGCCGCCGCAUCCCCUCACGCGACACGCCGAAACCGCCUCACGCCUUCCUUUGCUGCCUCCGCUGCGUGGUAGUCUGUUUCUCACUAUCUCACUUCUAAUCUCCCCAGCCCCCAGGCAACAGUGUUGUCAAACCAAAGGCAAUCAUGGCAUUUUAUGGGGAAGAGGCCAUUUCUUUUAUGGAACAAGCUCUACAACAAGCUAAGUUUGCGUUAGACAACCUUGAAGUGCCGGUAGGUUGCAUCAUCGUAGAGGAUGGUGAGGUCAUUGCUUCGGGAAGGAACCGAACCACAGAGACAAGAAAUGGCACUAGACAUGCUGAGAUGGAAGCCAUUGAUCAUCUACUUGAGAAAUGGAAGAAACGUGGAGUUUCACCGGGUGAAGUUUAUGAAAGAUUUUCAAAAUGUGUGCUUUACGUAACAUGUGAACCAUGUAUAAUGUGUGCAGCGGCCCUUUCUUACCUUGGCAUUAAAAAAACUGUUUAUGGAUGCUCAAACGAUAAGUUCGGUGGUUGUGGAUCGAUAUUGUCAUUGCAUGCCGGGGUUGGAGCGGCAAAUAAGGGCUUUGAAUGUGUUGGAGGUGUGAUGGCAUCUGAAGCAAUAUCUCUUCUGCGCAGCUUCUACGAACAAGGAAAUCCAAAUGCGCCCAAACCUCACAGACCGCUGAAACAAAUGAACACAUGAUGUUCUUCAUAAUGUGUCGAUUCAGUCUUUGGGCUGAGGGGGAUUGUCAGCCCCUUUUUAUAGAAAUUGUAACGAGUCCCUGAUGGUUUCUUUCACUUGAUCAUGAAAAGGCAAUUGUUCUCUUACCUCUGUGUUGCAUGUCCAUGUUAUUAGACAGCAAAUAUCAUAUUACUCACAUUUGAGGCAA